AUGCAAGAAUCUAUUGAGAAGCGUAAAAAUGAAAAUGAAAUUUCUAACCUUGUUAACAUAUCUCAAGAGAAACCAACCAAAAAGUUGUCACGUCACGCUCGUUAUAAUAAAAAACGUAGGCUUGGGAAAGAACAAAUUUCAACCCUACCAAUGGACCACAAUUUACCUAUCGCACCAACCAUAGCAUUAACGAUUAAUGAUAUUACUUUUGAUCCGAACCGGUGGAAGAGCAUUCCGCUUGGCCCAUCUGAUCGCAUAGCGUCAAAAGGAGUUAAAAGUCGAGAAAAAGUUUUUGCAGAGGAAUUAUUAAUAGAAACAUUAGUUCGAGAAGCUGUAUUAGUAAACAGAGUUGAGCUAUCCGAGAUCCUGCCUAAUUUUCUAGCGCUUAUUAAUAAUGAGAUAAUUAAAGUCAAUUAUGUUACCCAAGUGAAGUCCAAAACAAAAAAUCUAAAUGAACAAUUGUGGCUUUCUCUUGGACAAUGGUUAGGGAUGGAAGAACCACUCACAAGAAGUGAUAUACGUCAGCAUCUCCAAUAUAAGUGGAAAAAACUGAAACAUGCUAUAGAAAUUCGAAAUUAUAUAGAAUUACAAAAUUCUUCAAAUAUAAUAACCUCAUGUAUCUCUCGAAAAGAAAAGACCCAAAUGAUAAUUUCUGCACGAGGUAAUCUUCGAUCACUAAAAGGGUUAGUGCAGUUUCAGUACAUUGUAAAGCCAGAAUAUGUUACUGAUAUGGAUGGCCGAACUUUAAUACAUCUGGCAUUACUUAAUAAUCCAAAAGCAGUUAUACAAGCAACGGAUGCUGUAAACUAUUAUUAUUUUCAUACCUUAAAUAACCCUUCCCACCAUAGCGAUGAAUUCUGGAAGAAUUUCAUAGAACAUUUUGGUGCAUAUACACGAAAUAACCUCCUCCUAUUCACUAGUUCGAAUACUGCAAGUUCCCAUAAUGUCGCGCAUCAAGAAUGCGUUGACAUUUUACUUCGCAAACUUGGCCCAUUAUCAACCUCUGUUAAUGAAUUUGUACAAGAAUUCUAUGGAAAUCUAUAUGAAAAAUUAGAGAAGUUGGUGUGGGGACCCUUUGCACCUCGACUCUUUGGAAUCUUCCCGAUGAUCGCUAUUAAUUACAAUACAACUAGCGAUUACCAUUGGGACGAACAUGACGAACCAAAUAGUUUAUGCUGUUUGGUCGCUCUCGGAGAAUUUGAGGGAGGAGAAUUAUGUUUCCCUCAACUUCAGAUCAUUGUACCACUUCAGCCUGAACAAGUUGUGGCGUUUUCCUCGCGUCUUCUACUGCAUGGAUUGAAUUCCAGAACUACGUUUUUUAAGCCGAAAAAAAAGCAAAUAACAAUUCCUCCUUCAUCAACAGAUUGUAGAAGGGGUUAUAUUUCUUUGAUCUCCGUCACAUCAGAGCAAAUUUCUAAAAAAUAUGAUCGAAUUGAGAAUUAUUUGUAUCAUACAUUAGAGGUAUAUGAAAAAGGAUUAAAUAGAAAGCAUAAAAAACAAAUCCAAAUUAUAGAUCUACUUGAAAAUUUAUCGUAUAAUUAUAAUAACAAAGCUAGUGUUAAGACACAUAUAGAUAUGAUUAACCAAGAAUCCCAAACCCAAGAUACUAUUCUGAUUUGUUCAUGUGAUCAGACACAUAGGUGUCCUUGCUUCGUAUAUGAGGAUGAGAUCAAUCGCCGGGUUAAGAAAGAGGUCAAUGUUUUAUUUCAGCAAUUAUUGGAAUACAACGAAAAAACUUUUGAUAAAUUUAUGCGAGAAAUUACUAUAGAGCAUGAAAAGCGGGUUAAUGAAAAUAAAAAAUUACGAUAUGAG